UUUAAUUGACCAAUCUUUUUUUCUCAAAAAUUAAAGCUACAUAUUGCUUACUGAUUGCAUAUCGUUAUCAUUUUUUUUCUUUUACUUUGUUAAACCAGAUUAUCCAAGAGAAAUUACUGUUGUAAUAUGAUUGUGCUGAUUCAUUUUUUUUUUGUUGUAAAAGAAAAAUUAAUUAGUGUUGAUAUUAGUUUUGGUACAAUAUUCAUGAAAUCAAUGCAAGCAAUUCUUUCACAUGAUUUCAGUUAUUCAAAUGAAUCUGGUCAUGUUGAUCUGAAAAAAGGUGAUCAUUUAACGUUGAUUGAUAAAAUUGAUGAUAAAUGGUGGCGUUUUGAUCCGAAUCAUUCGUUAUCAUCUGUAAAAGGUGAAAACAAUUAUCUACUUGUCCCAUCAUCACAUAUUAAAAUCAUACAAGAAGAUAAUCAUUGUAGUUUUGAACGAAAAGAAAAUGUUCAUCCAUUAUUAUUAUCAUCAUCUUUAUCAUCAUCAUCAUCGUCAUUAAUUUCAAAGACGGAAAUGUUAAACAACGAUCAUUCAACAAUGAUAAUCCCAACAAUGACAAUGUCCAUUGAAAUGAACAGAAUGAAAAUUGUUGAACAUGAAAGAGAAUCGGAUGAAGCAUUCGAAUCUAGUCAUGAAUCAUUGGAUGCAAUUGAAGAACGAUACUGUGAUCAAAAUCAAACAUAUUGUAAUAAUGAUGAUAAAAUAUUAAACGGUGUUCCAUCGAUUAAACCACGAAAAUAUCGUAAAUCACCAUUGUAUGCCAAUUUACCUUUCGAUGGAAUGAAUAAUGAAAUGUUUAAAAAUUCAUCACCACCAUCAAUUUUCGAUACAAAUGUUCGAAUGAACAGAUGGGUCUGUGAUGAUUGGCUAGAAUAUUAUGAUGAAAAUGGCCGUUUUUUCUACUAUAAUUCACGAGAUAAUUUUUCAUCAUGGAAACCGCCGCGACGAACAACCACAAAAAUCGAUGAACAUGAUAUUAUUGUAGCUCAACAACAAAUUGAUGACAACAUUAAUUUCAACGCAAGACCAUCAUCAAAAGAACAUUAUGACAGUGAUAGUGAAAUAUUUUUAAGUAAUCGAGUGAAAAAAAUUGUACAAAAUUUCAAUGAUGAUGAUCUAUUAUUAGCAAAUUUACGACGAAAUGCCAGUUUCAAUAAAUCCGCUAAAAUUAAACGAAUAAAACCGAUUGAUAAUGGUGGCAAUCGAAUACGGCAAUCACCAUCAUUAUUAGAUGAUGAACAACAAAAUCCAUUAUUCAUAAUAAAUAGAUUAUUAAAUCAACAUCCUCCAAAUGAAUGGCAACCAUAUACUGAUCCAAUGACCAAUAAUUUUGGCUAUUUAUUCAUCGAUAAUUUUAAAAAAUGGUUCUGUGGAAAAGAUGAUGAAGGAAGAAUAUAUUUGCAUGAAAAUUAUCAAGGAACAAUGGCUGCUGCUCAUAAAGCAUCACAAAUGAAUAAUGUUAAUACAGCUGCAAUGAUGAUUGGUUCUGAUCGUUUGAUUCGACCAAGAAAAGAAGAAACCGAUGAGGAUUUCUCCGAUGAAAAUGAAAAUCAUAAAUAUAUGAAUGUCAAUCGAAAUAACAUUAAAAUUGUUAACAAUGAACGAAAUCUUAAAGCACAUUCAGUAGCAAUGAUUUCUCCUCCAAACGAUCUAAAUCAAGGUAUCAAAGUUUCGGGCAAAUUUAAACAUUCUCGUCCAUUUCAAGAUUAUAAAGAAUUUUUGCCACCACCAAAAAAUGAACUGGAUGUUUCUGAUAUUAUUUUACGUGAUUAUCUUACCCAAACUCGUACGAAAAUUUCGGGUAAAUCAAAGAGAAAAAAUUGGACAACAUCAUAUGCCGUUUUGACCAAGCAUUAUCUGUAUUUUUUUAAAGAUCAAAAAAAUGUGAUUUCAUCACAUAAACCGGAUUUUAUUAUCGCUUUGUUAGACGCAAAAGUUGAAUGGUGUCCAAAUGAAUCGAGCCGUAAAAAUUGUUUUAAAGUGAUUACAUUUGACUGUGAAACACUUAUUCAAGAUGAUGAUCGUGAAAAAAGUUUCCAUUGGAAAGAACUGAUACAUAAAUGCAUCAAUGAAUUGAUACCGAUUACAAAUUUUCUCAGUAGAAAUGAUGAUUUUGGAUUUCGUAGAUCUCGUUCACAGAAAAAUAAUCGACCGUAUGCAAAAGAUUUUCAGAUGCAAGGAUCUAGUACAAUUAGUGGAUAUACAAAUUUUACCUAUCCAUCACCGCCAUCAAUCAAUGAUAAGAAAAAGAAAAUACGCGAACGUUUAUUGAACUUUCUAAAGAAACGACCGCCACUUGAAAGCCUUCGAGAAAAAGGUAUCAUUAAAGAUGAAAAUGUAUUCGGCUGUACAUUGGAAUUGAUUUGUAUGCGAGAAAAUUCCAAAAUACCAAGAUUCGUUCAUGAAUGUGUACAGGCAAUCGAAAAGAAUGAUAUUACAGCCGAUGGACUAUAUCGUGCAUGUGGAAAUCUAUCCACUGUACAGAAAUUACGUUUCGAAAUCAAUCAAGAAAAUUAUCAAGGUCUUUGGAAAGAACAAGAUGUUCAUGUACUUACUGGAUUAUUGAAAAUGUUUUUCCGUGAAAUGAAAGAACCAUUGUUUCCUUAUGACCGAUUCGAAAGUCUUAUAAAUUUGAAUGAAAUUGACGAUAAAAAAAUUAAACUUGAAUUGUUAAAAAAUUUAGUGAAUAAACUGCCCGAACCAAAUUAUCAUACGUUGAAAUUUAUUAUGGAACAUUUACUUCGGGUGACAAAACACAGUAAACAGAAUCGAAUGCACAUACAAAAUUUGGCAAUCGUUUUUGGACCAACAUUGAUAAGAAAAAUGAAUGAUUUAAAUAAUUUGGUUGUCGAUAUGAUGUUACAAGUGAAACAAAGCCAAAUCAUUGAUUUUUUACUUCAAGAAUAUCAUUCCAUUUUUGAAUAAAUUAUUAUUAUCCUAUCUUUCAUAUCAUUAUUACAAUUUGUAUUUUAUCCCGAUAAACAAAUGAACAAUUGCAAUUA